UCCCAGCCAGGCUUGUGUCUCCCAGCCUCAGGCUUCCCUGGUCAUUCCUGGCAGCCCCAUCCCAGAGCCCUCCUGGUCCUCAGCCUGUCCCAGCUCCCUCCCUCCUAGACCAGGCAGGAGGGUGAGGGUUGGGCAGGGGGGCCGCAGGGAGGGCAGAGCUCUGACUGGGGGUCCUGGAGCCUCUCACUGCCCCCCUCCCAUCUGGGAUCCCAAAGCCCCUUCUGCCUCCUGGUCUUUGAAGGAGGAUGGGCAGAAGAGGAGUAAGAGAGGGAGGGGGGAGUCUUCCUGCUCAGAGCACCUUCCUGUCCCUGCCUCACCUCCUUUCUUGCCCUCCCCCUGGACCCUGAAGGCUCUCCCUGCUGGACCUCAGCCUGCCUCAAUGCCUGCAGCCAGCCUCCUGCCCAGGAAGAGGAGACAAAGAGCUUGCAGAGGACCCAGGCCUGGAGCCAGAGGGGUGGCCCCUGGGAGCCCCGGCCCCCCAGCCCAGGUCUUGGUGACGUUCCAGGAUGUGGCUGUGGACUUCACCCAGGAGGAGUGGCGCCUCUUGGACCUUGGUCAGAAGGAGCUGUACAAGGAGGUGAUGCUGGAGAAUGCUGAGAACAUGCUCUUCCUGGGUAAGGACGAUGUUCCCUGGUAAUUCUGAAUCUACCCUCAAGGCACUGUCUUCAUUCCCUCCCCGGUGUACAAGGUUUUUAGCAUUUAUCAAUUAUUAGUAAGGCCAAAAUGCUGAUCUCUUGUCUCCUAGGACAGAUAAUCCUGUUUUCUGGUUUUCCUGCAAAAGGUCUUUGCAGUGUUGAUACUGCAAAGUAUCAACUGUGGGAUCUUCAUGUCCAAAAACCAAACAACUGUUGGAAAAUCUCAGACUGAAGAAGUGAUCUCAGGGAUUGAGUUAGUCUGACUAUUGCCUGAGCACGAAUGUUGUCUGCCAAGUAUCUGAACCCUGCUCAUGCAGCUUUUCUUUGAAGAUGGACCCUGAAGGGAACCUCCUACCUCCCCAAAGAGCCCCUUCCUCUUUGGGUUCUCUUAGUCUUUGGAGGGUUCUUUUUUGAUAAUUCACAUUAAAUUAUACCUCCCUGCUCCUAGUCUUACUCUCAAAAGCUGAGCAUAGCCAGGAUGUCUGUUCUUCCUUCAUA